UGUUACAGCACAUCAGCUCCUCAGAGCAUCUCGUGGAUGGUGUAACUCCUACCUCGAGUGUCUUUAUAUCUGCAGACGCUGUUGGUGAAGUGAAUGGUGCUCGGCGGAGAGCGCACUGCAGGUGAUGCGCGCGCGCGGACAGUUCGAAUGGGUCUCGAAGAAGGACCAAUAUACGCCAAGACAGCAAGUUUCCGAUGAACUUAUAAGAAGAAGCACGGAGUAGACUGCCUCACGGACUAUUUCGGAGACUCUCGGUGUUCUACAAACUGGGGAAAUCGCCUCAUCUUCUGAGUGAGACGCAGAAUUUCCAGAACAUUUUGAUUGUGGAUUUGCACUGGAGGUUGCCUUGUCAUUGCAAACUUGUUGUAAAUGUUCGGGAGUCAAGAUCACCCGACUAGAGACAUCACUGGGUUGAAAGUGGGGAGUUUUGAAGAAGAAAUGGAUCCUGUUCGUUCCUGGGCGCGGAAUGUCGGCGUGAUUGACGCAAACACAGCGGCACAGAGUGGAGUGGCUUUAUCCCGUGCUCACUUUGAGAAGCAGCCUCCCUCCAAUCUCCGAAAGUCCAACUUCUUCCAUUUUGUUCUGGGACUGUAUGACCGUAACGGGCAGCCCGUGGAAGUGGAGAGGACAGCGUUUGUUGACUUCGUGGAGCAGGACAAGCAGACGGGGGAGAAGACCAAUAAUGGAACUCACUACAAACUCCAGCUCCUCUACAGUAAUGGUGUUCGCACAGAACAAGACCUUUAUGCUCGUCUCAUUGAUUCCGUCACUAAACAGCCCAUAUCAUAUGAAGGACAGAACAAGAAUCCAGAAAUGUGCCGUGUUCUGCUAACUCAUGAAGUCAUGUGCAGUCGCUGCUGUGAGAAAAAAAGCUGCGGCAAUCGCAAUGAGACGCCAUCUGACCCCGUCAUCAUUGACAGAUUUUUCUUGAAGUUUUUCCUGAAGUGCAAUCAAAACUGUCUGAAGACAGCAGGGAACCCCCGAGACAUGAGACGAUUUCAGGUGGUUCUGUCCACUACAGUCAGUGUGGAUGGUCCUGUCCUAGCCGUUUCUGACAACAUGUUUGUGCACAACAACUCCAAACACGGACGCCGCUCUCGAAGAACGGAUUCAAAUGAGACGGCGGAGACUAGCAUGGACUAUGCGUCUCCCUGUAUCAAAGCCAUCAGCCCCAGUGAAGGCUGGACUACUGGCGGGGCUAUGGUGAUCGUGAUCGGGGAAAACUUCUUCGACGGUCUGCAGGUGGUGUUCGGGAGCAUGCUAGUGUGGAGCGAGUUAAUCACUCCUCAUGCAAUCCGAGUUCAGACUCCUCCUCGACACAUUCCAGGGCUCGUAGAAGUUACACUGUCUUACAAAUCCAAGCAGUUCUGUAAAGGAGCUCCGGGCCGCUUCAUUUAUACAGCGCUGAAUGAGCCAACUAUUGACUACGGCUUCCAGAGACUUCAGAAGCUGAUCCCUCGACAUCCCGGUGACCCCGAAAAAUUGGCAAAGGAAAUGCUACUUAAAAGAGCUGCAGACGUUGUUGAAUCACUCUAUGGAAACAGCACCAGCAAUCAGGACAUGUUGCUGAAACGCGCUGCAGAUAUAGCGGAGGCUUUGUACAGCGUGCCUCGAGCUCACAGUCAGCUGCAGGCCAUGCCGAGCUCCCCGGUCCACGGCAGCGUCAUGGGUCUCAGCUCUUAUCCCACACAGCUGGGUGUGAGCAUCGGAGAACCUGGGCAAACCAGCAACCACGGUUACUCUCGUAACCCGAGCAGUUUGUCCCCACGGGGCUACCCUUCAGCAUCGACCCCUCAGCAGUCCAUCUAUGGAUCCAAUGGAGGCAUGAAUGUGAGUUACGGGGCAGUGCCCAUGAGUAAUCUGGGUGUUUCAGGGUCACCUGGCUUUAACAGUGCCUCCCCAAACAGCUCUCCUUAUGCUAUCAUGCCCUCUAGCCCCACUGUACCCGGCUCCAGUUCCUCAUCCUCCCUCUUGCCCUUCACAUCGUUCCCAUCCUCCAGCAAACAGAAAAGUGCCUUUGCUCCUGUCCUGAGACCACAGGGUUCUCCAUCACCUGUCUGCCAAACCUCAGGAGGCUCCAGCUUCAGAGGUCUUGUGGUUCACCCGAUGUAGAAGAUGAGUCUUUUCCAGUCAUAAGCUCUACAGUCAGUGGCCAGAACUAGACUCAACAUUGUCUCAGUGAAAAAGACACAGCUGUCUAAUCUUCUGAUGAAGAGCCAUCAAGAGAAUUAGAGACAAAAACAUGUUGGGGACCUUCUUAAGACGUAUCCCCUCUAUGCACACUGUUUGCCUCUGAUUGUGAGGAGGUUGCCAAAGGGAUGGUGUUACUUAAAGGUUCUUCCCGCCACAAAAUGCCAAAAGAUGUAUAAUUUAUGAUGAAACAUAACUUAGUGACUUCAGACUGCUACA